GCUCCAACUCCGCAGCGCCGGAGCUCCGCGGGCAGCAACUUUCUCCCCGGAGCAGCCGCGGCGGCGGCUGCUGCCGUGGCAGCCGGAGCGGGAGGCGGGAGGAGGAAGGCGGCGGCGUAGGUCCUGCCCUUUUGGGCUGUCCAGCCCUCGGAGACCGCCGGCCCGCGGAGCCUCGCCCCCCCGGGAAGUCCCGGGCCCCUGCCCUAUGUCCCGCAAGGCGAGCGAGAAUGUGGAGUACACGCUGCGGAGCCUGAGCAGCCUCAUGGGCGAGCGGCGCAGGAAGCAGCAGGAGCCGGACGCGGCGAGCGCGGCCGGGGAGCGCAGCCUCCUGGCGGCCGCCGAGUCGAGCGCCAGCCUGCAGAGCGCGGGCGCGGGCGGCGGCGGCGUCGGGGACCUGGAGCGCGCGGCGCGGCGGCAGUUCCAGCAGGACGAGACCCCCGCCUUCGUGUACGUGGUGGCCGUCUUCUCCGCGCUGGGCGGCUUCCUGUUCGGCUAUGACACCGGCGUGGUGUCGGGGGCCAUGCUGCUGCUCAAGCGGCAGCUCAGCCUGGACGCGCUGUGGCAGGAGCUGCUCGUGUCCAGCACCGUGGGGGCGGCCGCCGUCUCGGCGCUGGCCGGCGGGGCCCUCAACGGCGUCUUCGGCCGCCGCGCCGCCAUCCUGCUGGCCAGUGCCCUCUUCACGGCCGGGUCCGCGGUGCUGGCCGCGGCCAACAACAAGGAGACGCUGCUCGCCGGCCGCCUGGUCGUGGGGCUCGGCAUCGGCAUUGCUUCCAUGACAGUGCCCGUGUACAUCGCCGAGGUCUCCCCGCCCAAUUUAAGAGGUCGCUUAGUCACCAUCAAUACCCUUUUCAUCACCGGAGGCCAGUUCUUUGCAAGUGUUGUUGAUGGAGCCUUCAGUUAUCUCCAGAAGGAUGGAUGGAGGUACAUGUUGGGACUUGCAGCAAUUCCAGCAGUUAUACAGUUUUUUGGCUUUCUGUUUUUACCUGAAAGCCCUCGAUGGCUGAUUCAGAAAGGACAGACUCAGAAAGCCCGUAGAAUUUUGUCUCAGAUGCGUGGUAACCAGACCAUUGAUGAGGAAUAUGAUAGCAUCAAAAACAACAUUGAAGAAGAGGAAAAAGAGGUUGGCUCAGCUGGACCUGUGAUCUGCAGAAUGCUGAGUUAUCCCCCAACUCGCCGAGCUUUAAUUGUGGGUUGUGGUCUACAAAUGUUCCAACAGCUCUCAGGCAUUAACACCAUCAUGUACUACAGUGCCACCAUUCUGCAGAUGUCCGGUGUUGAAGAUGACAGACUCGCGAUAUGGCUAGCUUCGGUGACAGCCUUCACAAAUUUCAUAUUCACGCUCGUGGGGGUCUGGCUUGUCGAGAAAGUUGGCCGCAGGAAGCUUACCUUGGGCAGCUUAGCAGGUACCACUGUCGCGCUCCUUGUUCUUGCUCUGGGAUUUCUCCUGUCUGCGCAGGUUUCCCCACGCAUCACUUUUAAACCAGUUGUUCCAUCUGGACAGAACAGCACUUGCACAAGAUACAGUUACUGUAAUGAAUGUAUGUUGGAUCCAGACUGUGGUUUCUGCUACAAGAUGAACAAAUCAACUGUCAUUGACUCCUCCUGUGUUCCAGUUAAUAAGGCAUCUACAAAUGAGGCAGCCUGGGGCAGGUGUGAGAAUGAAACCAAAUUUAAAACAGAAGAUGUAUUUUGGGCUUACAAUUUCUGCCCUACACCAUACUCCUGGACUGCACUUCUGGGCCUUAUUUUAUAUCUUGUUUUCUUCGCACCUGGAAUGGGACCAAUGCCUUGGACUGUGAAUUCUGAAAUAUAUCCCCUUUGGGCAAGAAGUACAGGAAAUGCAUGUUCAUCUGGAAUAAAUUGGAUUUUCAACGUUCUGGUUUCACUGACAUUUUUACACACAGCAGAAUAUCUUACAUAUUAUGGAGCCUUCUUCCUUUAUGCUGGAUUCGCUGGUGUGGGACUCCUUUUCAUCUAUGGCUGUCUUCCUGAGACCAAAGGGAAAAAAUUAGAAGAAAUUGAAUCACUCUUUGACAACAGGUUAUGUACAUGUGGCGCUUCAGAUUCUGAUGAAGGGAGAUAUAUUGAAUAUAUUCGGGUGAAGGGAAGUAACUAUCAUCUUUCUGACAACGAUGCUUCUGAUGUAGAAUAAUUUUCAGAUGCUGAUUUAUUUAGGUAUUUAAACAAACCUGGGGGACAAAAGCAGCAAUUGGUGACCUCAAUGCCCUGCUUUUAAUCUGGUUCUUUCCACAGUCUAGUUUUGAAUGACCUCAUAAUCUAGAAUAUUUGAUUAGGAGGAAGAUACAACCAUGAUGACAUUUUUUUUUUCACAAGCAGAAAUGUAAAACAAUAUUUAGAGAUUUUAAACUAAUAAUUACUGAACAAAUGUAUGUAAUUCCUUCCUGAGGUAGUCUAAAAUGAAUAUUGUAUCCAGUGACUUCAGUGGUAUCCUUUUUUCCUAAAACCAUAUAUAAUUAUUAGUGGCAGUAGAAUCAGUGCUAUUCUAGCUUAAUUGUAUGAUAUACUUAUGAAGGAGGAUUCUGGGAUAAGAUCCGAGGGUGUUUUCUGUCAAAACAUGGCCUGUUGGCCCUAAAUUUUCCUAAGGACAAGAAGCCUAUCUGUGAUCAGCUAUUAGAAGGAUUCUGUUUAAGCUUUCAACAAAUUCACAAGUACCUCAUACAGAGGCACAAUUGUCCUUAUCUCCUGUGGAUUCCACAUUUUGGUCUCUCUCUCCAAAUCAGAUCUUGAGAGUUCUUCAGAAACUGACUCUGCACAGGACCUUUUGAACAUUAUGAAAAGCAGGUCUUUUAGGGUUUAUUUUCAUACAUAUUUUUUGCAUUGGUGAUAAGUAUACAUUUGCACAGAUAAGCUAGCAAGUUUUGAUAAGUAUAUUUUAUUGCUAGAAAGUAAGAAAGAAAACAUUUUUAUGGAUCCCUGAUAUGAGUUAGUCACUUAGGUAUGCAACUAUAAACACAAAAUAGCACCAGAUCUUUGACUGUGUUUCAGGGUUUCUGUUCAUGCCAAAAUCACCUGAUGCUUACCAUGCCUUCACUCAUCGCCUCUGGAGUCCUACUAUUUGUGCCUUCAUUUUUGUUAAUAUAAAUAGCUGCUAGCAGACUAUUUUUCCCCUUCUUUUAAUCGAGUAAUUCCUAAAGAAAGAAAGAAAAUCAGUGACAGAUAAUCCAGCUGUUACUAAUGUUUUGUUUAAUUAAAUAGUGGGACUUAUUUUUUCCUUAGUUUUUUUAUUAACUCUUAAGGGAACUGUGACAUUACUUAAUAAUACUAUAGUCUUUUUUUUUUUUUACUUUAAGAACAUAAACUUAUUUUUAUUUUGCACACCCUUUUCUCAUUUUCCCUGACAGUUUAUCAAAAAAAGACAUAGCUAUGUCUGUGGGUGUUUCCUUUUUCUCAUACUUGCUUGGACUUUUUUCCUUCUUGUCUAAAAAUUGGGAUUUUAUAUUGGAACAGAUUAAUGGUUCUAAUAUAGUAUACAUUGCUACAAUGUCUUCUCAAAAUGUUUAUUGGUUUUUAUGCCUGUUCAUCAAUGAACUCUAAUUUUUGCUCUUGAGAGCUAUUCAGAAUAUACAAAAUUACUUGCUAGUUCCAGUGAAAAUAUGAAUGAAUUGUCUGGGGCCAGAUAGGAAUAUGUAAGUUUGAUGGACUUUAAUAUGGCUCUAAACUUCUAAUAAGGUACUCUUUGGAGUGAAAAGAUGGCUAUCUCUAAAUUCAGUGUGUUUCUGCCAGUCUCCAAGAUGUUUUGUUCUUCGCUUCAAGUCUGGCUUAUUCCUAGCACUAUUAUCAAAACUGAGGAUGUAGCCAAGGAGGUUUGUUCUCAUAGCCACCAGGAGUAUGGUAACCGCUUGAACUGUCAUUUUACUGGUCUAAAUAUCCUUCAGCCAAAAAAAAAAAGUUUUCUUCCUUUGAUCAUUUCAUAUAUUAAAAAAAUUUUAGAGAGUUGUUUUCCCCUGAAUUAGGUGCUUUGACAGUUGAUUUCUAAGGGGAUAUUAAUAUUGAUCUUUUCCCCCAGAAAAGGAGAUGUGAUUUAAUAGAGAAAAUCAUUGAUAUUUCUUAUCCCAUAAGAAAUAUCUUAUCUGUGUAAUAUUUCACACAGAUAAAGUGGAAAAUGGGCUAUUGUGUGGUAAAAUCAGAAUAUGAUGGGAAGAAAAAAUAUUUAGACCAAUAAAGUGCUCUCUAAAAAUGUAUUUUUCUGAUUUAUCCAAAUUGCCUCAAUUAUACUCUUUAUUACAUGCAUAGCCUUAACUAAAUGCUUAUGUACUCAGCUGUGCUGAAUGCACAGUAACUUUAUUAAAGGAGCAACUGGACUUUUAUUAUUUCUUAAAGCAGAACAUGGCCUGUUCUCCCUGACAUAAGCAAAUCGUAUAUUCAACUUUAUAUCCAUAACUGCAUAUAGUAGCAGGGAAGAUUAGCCACAUUCUCCUUUAUUCUCCUCAACCUCUCCUUUAAAGGACUAUUUGUUAUUUAUAUAGUGAUAAAGACAAUAUUCCAUAUCUUUGAAGUACAAGACAGUUGGCACAGUAUAAAGAUUAUUUAUAAUUUUUUUAAAAACAACUACUUAAAAAGAAACCUUAUACAAUUAGAGUAUUAUUUUUAGAU